UGGCAUCGUGGCAGAUUCUUGAAGACCAUGCUGUCGGAUUCGUCGAGUUCUCCAUAAUUCAUUACAGCGAGAGCCUCUUGUCGAGAGGUGAGCUUGUGACGUUGUCACUGCGAACAUAUCGAGAUGGACGGGAUCGAUGUGCCCGAUCGGAGGUCCCUUGAUGCAAAGCCCCAGGAACUUGAGUUGCUGCUGCACGGAAUCACCAAGCCAGUUUAUCCGUGCUUGCAUCCCGUAACGAAUCUUUCGCCAAAGCUUCAUGUCGAAGAGGAACACUGUAUUAUUGUCCUCAUCAAGCUCUGGUUACAUACGUCUAAGCUUAUUUUUAUACGACAUUCAGACAUGUGCACGUCAUGUGAACACAUGUGCUCGAUCCGGUUAUUGGAUACUGUACGCUUUACAGUCGCCCCUAUGCAAUUCACAUACAGCAAGGCCUCCCGAUUUCGCUCAAGAAGCAACCCCAGGCUGCAGGAUAAGACGAUGUCCCGAGUCUGGCUUCUGCUAACCGAUCACAAACCUCUUCUUGGGCUGUGGUUUAGAGUGGUUUACUGUAACUUACUCGAUCAUGCACUCCGCCGCGAGUGCCAUGAACUCAAUCAAAGCCGCCAAGUUGUCUAGUGUAGCAUCUAUUUUAGUGGCUUUAAAAGCAUAUCGGUUUACGAGCAAGACAAGGAUAUCAAUGA